AUGAGCGGGCCGCCAUUUAUGAAGAAACGAAAACUCGAAGUCAAUGAAAAAGGAGAAGAUGAAAGUGAAAAUGUAACAAUAGACGAGCAGAUUAUGAAUGACCAAGAAGAAGCACUUGUGCUCCUCAUUGAGCACCGAACCAAAGAAGUCGAGCACCUUCGCCAACGCAUCGCUUAUUACAAAUCUCAGCUUGAUGAAGCAGAAACGAGGUUGGAAGAGAUGCAAAUCAAAUUGGCUCGUCUUCGAGGGAGGGGUAAAAUAAUGGCUUCGAAAACUUCUAUUGGGAAUGGUAUGAAAGAGGUAAAAGUUGAAGGAGGAUCUGCAAGUCCUAUUCGGGUCAGCAAAGAUACUUCUCGCGACGAGUCUCAAUCUAUACCACAUUUAGGCGAGGAGACCUCAAAGUUGCCUGGAUAUUAUUUGAAAGUCACGCAAAAACCAGCUAAUCCUUCCUAUAAAAAUGAAGAUUCUUCUCAAAACCUAACCAAGAGCAAACCUCAACUUUUCAUUCCUUCUGUAGACAUGUGGAAACCAGCCAGUACUUCCUAUAAAAAUGAAGAUUCUUCUCAAAACAAAAUCAAGUCUAAACCCAAACUUGUCACUCCUUCUGCAGAUGUGCGAAAACCAGCUAGUCCUUCCUACGAAAAUGAAGAUUCUUCGCAAAAAACCAAGUCUAAACCACAGCUUGUCAUUCCUGCUGCAGACACUCUGCAAUGUGCAAAGAUGAAAGAAUCUGGAAAUGAAGUUCCCAGUGGUUCUGGUUCUUGGUCCAAUGCAUCAAUGCCCCCUCAUGCCAAUAGCAUUGUAAAGCUUAAAGGGAACAAAGCUCGUGGAAUAUCACCUGAGCAGCAUACUUUGGAAACUCUACCUGAAGGAACGAAAAGGAACCUUGAGCAGAAAGAACACAAAGAAUUGAUUCCGUUGAUAAACAGCUGCUCAUCACCUCGCACUAUGCGCUGCCAGACAGGCCUUCUGCUAGCUAGUCAACAUAAAAGGAAGUUAAGAUGUCUUGUGCUGUGUCCUACAAAUGAUCAACUAUUUGUGACCAGUGCACUGGAUGGACUGGUCAACUUGUGGCAAGUUCAGGACAUCGGUUCAAGUGCCAAUCUUCUAAGUACUACUGAUUGUCAAUCGUCCAAGAGGAGAUGGCCAGAAGAUAUUGCUUGGCAUCCACAGGGAAAUAGCCUCUUCUCAGUUUAUAGUGCAGAUAAUGAGGAUUCUCAGAUAUCAAUUUUGAAUAUUGAUAAUGAAAAAGAGGAAUUGAGCGUCACUUUUCUAAAAGAAAAGCCUCACAUGAAAGGCAUUAUCAACAGCAUCAUGUUCAUGCCCUGGGAUGAUACAUGCUUUGUUACUGGAGGGAGCGACCAUGCAGUAGUCCUGUGGACCGAGAAAGAUGGUGAGAAUUCAUGGAAACCUAAAGCAUUGCAUAGAAGUAUUCAUACCUCUGCUGUGAUGGGGGUUGCUGGGAUGCAGCAUAAGAAAGUUGUGAUGUCAGCUGGUGCGGAUAAGCGGAUAACUGGAUUUGAUUUAUUAGCUGAGAGAAUCGAUUACAAGAAUCAAAUAGAUAGCAAAUGCAUGAGCGUUUUGCCUAAUCCAUGUGACUUCAACCUCUUUAUGGUUCAGACAGGGACUCCAGAACGUCAGCUUCGACUUUUUGAUGUGAGAGAGAGGCAGACGAUGAUCCACUCAUUUGGGUGGAAGCAAGAAAGUAGUGAAUCACAAUCGGCUCUUAUAAAUCAGACUUGGUCACCCAAUGGUCUAUACGUUACGUCUGGUUCAGCUGACCCCAUCAUUCACAUAUUUGAUAUCAGAUAUAAUGCUCACAAACCAUCUCAGUCUAUACGAGCUCAUCAGAAACGAGUCUUCAAAGCCGCAUGGCAUCAUUCUCUCCCAUUGCUAAUCUCCACCUCUUCUGAUUUGAACAUCGGAUUGCAUAAAAUUACGAGUUGCUGA